UUGUGACGACCUGAACGUACGGGUUCUUCGGCUGACCAAGUACUAGCGGCUUACUUUUACUACCAUUUCUCUUAAACUUUCGUUUCACUUGAUACCUCGCGUUCAGAGAAUUAUUUCGCGAUCGUAGUAGCCGUGUCAAAUACGCUUUUGUUACAAUGAUAUCGAAGAAUUUGUCGACCAUUUUUGAAAUAAUCUUGUGAUUUUUGACCGAAAUGAGUUUUGGUGUCGCGACUAAAACUAUAAAGCUUUUGUACAGGGAAUUACGUAAAGGGUGCUCUUCUUAAGCUUAUUCACUCCUUUACCUGUUCCAUAUUCGAGAGAUUAUAGUGAAAUUUACUGGAUCGUUUGGAUUUUCUUUUCUUUUUUUUGGAAACAAACAAAUCACUAACGAAGAUAUGGUUUCCUCAAGUCUUCUAUCAUUGUUGGUAAUGGCUACCUUCAUAGAGCUCAACGGUUCAGCAAACAUCCUGAUGGUAACAAUGGGUGGUACUAAAUCGCAUAAAAUUCCGUUUUGGGCACUAGCCAAAGGACUUACAACCAGAGGCCACAAUAUAACUUUUAUUAGCGCUUUUCCUUCAGAUUUUGGUAUUGUCGGGAUGGAGGAAAUAACUCCAACAGGAUUAGUAUUCUACGUCCGGAACUUCACCGAUUGGGACCUCCUUGGUGCCAGAAUGAGAGGAGAAGAACCAGUUCAUCCACUGGAUAUGCUCCGAUAUGGAUAUGAGGCUUGUGAAGCGUUGUUAUCCGAUUCGGAGACUCAAGAAUUUCUAUAUUCGAAACAAAAGUUCGACCUGAUUAUUCUGGAUGGAGCUUAUCCAGAAUGCGCCCUUGGAUUCGUGCACUUCUUCAAAGCUCCUUUCAUGUACAUAAACACCGUAGGAUUUUAUACAGGAAGUUUAUCGAUUGCGGGAAAUCCUACACCGUAUUCAGUGACACCUUUCCUAGCGCGACCGUUCACAGAUUCGAUGAAUUUGUUACAAAGGACUUCGAACGCUGUAUGGCAUUUGGCUGCGCAGGCAAUGCACAUGUACAUGGUGAAAUAUAAUCUACAAAAAACGUUAAGAAGAUAUUUCGGAUCGGAAGUGCCACCGAUAUACGAUAUGGCGAGAAAUGUCAGUUUUAUUCUCCAGAACGCAUAUGCAACUGUUACAUAUCCACGGCCUUAUCUUCCAAAUGUAGCCGAAAUUGCUUGCAUUCACUGCAAACCAUCAAAACCACUACCAAAGGAUUUAGAGAAAUUUGUGAGCGGUAGUGGUGAUGCCGGGUUCAUUUACGUCAGCAUGGGAUCUUCAGUAAGAACUGCAAAUAUGCCAGAGUACCUCCGAAGAAUGCUCCUGAGAGUAUUCAGGGAACUCCCGCAAAGGGUUCUAUGGAAAUGGGAAUCAGAUGACAACAUGCCCGAUUUGCCGGCCAAUGUGAAACUAAGAAGAUGGCUUCCACAACAGGAUUUAUUAGGACACAAAAAAAUCCGCGCUUUCAUUACCCACGGCGGCCUUUUAAGCAUGUUCGAAACGGUGUACCAUGGAGUACCGAUUGUCAGUUUACCAGUGUUCUGCGAUCACGAUUCUAAUGCAGCAAAAGCAGAAGUGGAUGGAUACGCUUUGAAACUUGACUUUUCGUCCCUCACGGCGGAAAAACUCCUAGGCGCUAUUAAUAAAGUAAUUUACGAUCCCAAGUAUAAAGAUGAAGUGAAGAGAAGACAAAUGCUCCUGCGAGAUCAGAAGGAAACACCACUCGAAAGGAGUAUAUUUUGGACUGAGUAUGUGCUGAGACACAGGGGUGCAAAACACUUACAGUCUCCCGCGAGAAACUUGAGCGUUAUCGAGUACUAUAUGAUUGACGUCAUUUGUUUGUUAGUGUUGAGUGCGAUACUAAUGUGGUAUCUGAUGAAAAUUGCCGCAAAAAUUAUGUACAGAAUAGUUGUGACAGGCAGUUGUGGACAUAGAAUGUACGAUAAAGUGAUCAAGAUCGAGUGAUAUGCUGCUUUAAUUUAAGUCUGUUUGAUUUUAUUCUUCCGUGGUGCGUUUCACUUAACUUGAAUCGUUCCUUAUUGUGCACACUUGUUGAUAUUGUGGGUGAUAUAGAAAAUAAAAAUUGACUAGUUAAUAGUACUUGUAUUAUUGAAUUAUUGAAAAUCAAAUGCUGUACCCCUUGCACUUUCUCAGCAUUUCUGGGAAAACUAGAA